AGUUAAUAAAAGAAGCUAUUAAAACCAGCUUAAAGCUUUUGUGAUAGACCUUGUUCAAUUUUGUUCUCUCCACAAGAUAAUUUGUGGAUGGCGGCAAACAUGAACAAGAGUCGAAUUAGGCGUUCAAUGCUCGAGAUCGUAAUUUUUUUCUCGAUAUUUCUACAUGAUGCUGCUACGAUGAUUCAUGCAGCCAGGGGCAUCACACAGGGUGGUCAAAGUUCAUCUCCUCCGGUCAAGCUCCGUGCAUCGGACAAGCAUGUGGAGAUUGAUAACGGCAUUGUUAAACUUACAUUGUUGAAACCGAGCGGCUUUAUUACAGGCGUAGGUUAUAGAGGAAUCAAAAACAUUCUCGAGUAUAAAAAUGCGGAAGAUCGAAGAGGUUACUGGGACAUUGUAUGGAGUAGGCCACAGAACGACACAAGCUUUUUCGACACGCUUGAAAGUACAAACUUCAAAGUUGUAGAAGAAAAUGAAGAUCAGAUUGAAGUCUCGUUCACCAAGACGUGGAGCGAGUCCCGUGGUGAAAAAAUCGUACCUCUCAAUGUCGACAAAAGGUUUAUAGUCCUUCGUGGGGUUUCUGGUUUCUACUCGUACGCAAUAUUCGAGCACUUGGAAGGGUGGCCAGAUUUGAACAUCGACGAAGCAAGAAUUGCCUUCAAGCUUCACCAGGACAAAUUCAAUUACAUGGUUAUAUCAGACAAUAAGCAACGCUUCAUGCCAACCGAUAACGAUAGAAAAGCCGGUCAGAUUCUUGAUUACAAAGAAGCUGUUUUGAUCAGAAGUUCCCAAAAUCCAAGAUUCAAAGGAGAGGUCGAUGACAAGUAUCAAUACUCGUGUGAUAACAAGGAUAGCCGUGUCCACGGAUGGAUUAGCUCAAACCCAAAAGUUGGAUUUUGGGUUAUUACGCCAAGUGACGAGUUCAGAGCCGGUGGGCCCAUCAAGCCCGACCUCACGUCACAUGCGGGCCCAACUUCACUAGCCAUAUUCUUUAGCGACCAUUACGCGGGCCCCAGUUUCGGAGUCAAAUUACGCAACGGUGAGCCUUGGAAGAAAGUGUUUGGGCCCGUUUUCGUGUACCUUAAUAAUGCUGAUCCCGACAAUAAUUCGACCGUACUUUGGGAGGAUGCUAAGAGACAGAUGUCGGAAGAGAUCGAAAAAUGGCCGUACGAUUUUCCAGAGUCGAGAGAUUUUCCACGUGGCAGUCAACGUGGGACCAUAACCGGGCGAUUAAUGGUUCGUGACAAGUACAUUAAUAAUCGGGAGAUUAUGCCGGCAAUAUUUGCUUAUGUGGGGUUAGCUCAACCUGGAAAUGUAGGCUCCUGGCAAGAUGAUUCCAAGGGGUACCAAUUUUGGACACAGGCUAAUGAAACAGGGCAUUUCACGAUAAACGGUGUUCGAGCAGAGACUUAUAAUUUGUAUGCUUGGGUGCCUGGAGUCAUCGGAGACUAUAAGCAUGAUGAUAACGUUACAAUUCGACCAGGAAGCACAAUUGAAAUAGGCGAACUUGUAUACGAUCCUCCGAGAAGUGGGCCCACGUUAUGGGAAAUCGGGAUUCCUGAUCGUACGGCAGAAGAGUUUUACGUGCCUGAUCCUGCUCCAGGCCUUGUGAAUAAGCUAUUUAUAAACCAUACCGAAAAGUAUAGGCAAUAUGGUUUAUGGGAUAGGUAUACAGAUUUAUAUCCUACUGAAGAUCUGAUUUACACAGUUGGGGUCAGUGACUAUAGUAAAGAUUGGUUCUUCGCGCACGUAAAUAGGAAUAUGAACGAUAGUAACUAUAUGCCAACAACGUGGAGAAUCGUAUUCGAUGCAAGAAAAGUACGGACAACAGAGACUUACACAUUGAGGCUGGCAUUGGCUUCAGCUAGCUUAGCCGAAUUACAAGUAUGGAUCAACAAUCCUAAUAGUCAUCAGCCUCAUUUUACGACCGGGAAAAUUGGAAGAGACAAUACAAUUGCAAGGCAUGGGAUUCAUGGAAAAUAUUGGUUAUAUGAGGUUAAUUUAUCGGGAUAUCAGCUGGUUAAUGGGAAUAACACGAUAUAUCUUAAGCAAGCGAGGACUUCGGGCCCUUUUGCCGGUGUACUGUACGACUACAUUCGUCUUGAAGGGCCGGGGAAAGUCAACAAUUAGGAUGUGAAAUGAGAAUUAAAGUGUACAUAUAUAUAUAUGGUACAUUUUUUUGGACAUAAUCCAAAUUAGGAGAAGCUGUUGUUUGUUUUGAUUGGUUGCUUUUCUUAGUUUUUACUUUCUGUUUCAUAUGUAUG